AUGGCGAUUUCGUAUCUAAACAGCACUCAUACUCACCUUCUGAUGGACGCUCUUGAAGUUCUCACAAAGAAGGUUAGCUACGAUGACUACCUGAUAUUACCUCUAGUUCUCUUGUUGUCACUCUACGUUUUCAACAGAGGAAGCAUCCUCCCCAAGUCCGACCCCUACCACCACAAAUGGUUCUGGAAACCUCAGGAUGGCAUGUUACAUGAUGCCUCGCCCUCAAAGCGGACCCGCAACAUCGCCGAGAAGAUCAAAGAGUCGAGCUUUGAUGUUGUUAUCUUCUGGGGUUCCCAGUCGGGAACAGCAGAAGCCUUUGCCCACCGUUUGGCUCGGGAUUUCUAUCGACGCUUCAGGUUGAAGGCUCUAGUCGCAGACAUAUCCGACUACGAUCCCGAUACGAUCACUCUUAUUCCCGAGUCAACCCUUUGCAUCUUCAUCGUAUCAACGUAUGGAGAGGGAGAUCCCAGCGACAAUGCGCAAGACUUCAUUACUUGGGCCACCUCGGCCACUGGAGUCUCACUUGAGCACCUGCAAUACGCUGCGUUUGGCUGCGGAAACAGUAACUACCGGUACUACAACAAAGUCGUCGACGAUGUUGUGGCGGCGCUAUCAAAGUUCCGAGCAAAUGCCGUUGUGUCCGCAGGGAAAGGCAACGAGGCGACUCGCACAACCGAGGAAGACUUUGUGGAGUGGAAAGAUGAGCUAUUCAAAACUCUUACCUCCUCAUUUGGCUACAAGGAAUAUGAUGUGGACUACGAACCGAGCGUCGAUGUCGUUUACGCCGAUCCGAAGAAAGACACCCCACAUAUUGGCCAACCUCAUUAUAAGGCAACGUCGAAGAAAGCAGCAACUCAGAACUCUGCAGUGGUAUCUGCGCCCAUCAAAGCCAUGCGAGAGCUUGUACGAUACGACGGUCAAGGCCGAAGUGUCAUUGAUCUAGAGGUAGACUUCUCUGCUUCUCCCGAGGUCAAGUACAAGACCGGUGACCACAUCGCCAUCUGGCCCGUCAAUCCUGAAGACGAGAUCAACUCACUUUUCGAACUUCUUGGGCUUAAACGCAGGAAAAAGGAAGUUAUCGAAAUCAUCCCAAAGUCAGCUGAGGAGAAGGACACUAAAGUACCGAGUCCGACCACAAUCCAGGUUCUCUUCCAACACUACCUCGAGAUCUGUGCACCAGUUCCACGAGAGUCUGCCCUUUCACUGAUCCAAUUUGCGCCCACUGAAAAGAUGAAAACAGAACUCAGAGCAAUUGGGAAGACCAGAGAGACUUACGCUACCUUUCUGGAGAUGAACCACAUCACCUUGGCCCGACUCCUCAGACACACCGUUUCAAUAGAUCCAUCAGCGGAAUGGACAACCUUGCCGUUGUCCUUUGUUGUCGACAUUCUCCCAGCAAUACAGCCUCGUCUUUACUCAAUAUCAAGCUCUCGAAUCACCUCUCCACGCCACGUCAGUCUCACAGUCUCGGUCAAGCCGUCUCAGCUGGUUGCAAAUCCGGGUACUACCAUCUCGGGUCUCACCAGCACAUACUUAUCUCGGCUUAAGCUUACUCAAAGUUCAUCUCACGGGCAACUGGACACUAAAACUCCGACAGUUUACGCGCAGAUCCGGGGAUCGACUUUCAAACUACCAGUACUGCCCUCCGUGCCGCUGAUCAUGGUUGCUGCUGGCACCGGUAUUGCUCCUUUCCGCGCCUUUUUGCGAGAACGCGCCCGACUGGCGUCAGUUGGGAAGGAUGUUGGGAACAUGACUCUGUUUUUCGGUUGCCAAAGUGAGGCAGACUAUCUCUAUCAUGACGAGAUAUCCGAAAUGGUUGCUGGUCCUUUGAAUGGAAAGCUUGAGGUGACGACAGCCUUUUCCAGGGGUUCAGGGACAAAGAUGUAUGUCCAGCACCGGCUGCAGGCAAGAGGUGAAGAUGUUGGACGACUUCUGCUCGAGAAGGAUGCGGCAUUCUAUAUCUGCGGGGCGGCAAACAUGGCGAAGGCGGUGGGUGGCGUUGUGAGAGAUAUCGUGAAGCAGGCAAAGAGUUGGGAUGAUUCUCAAGUCGAGGAUUGGAGACAGGAACGGAAAAGGUCGAAGAGGUGGUUCGAGGAUGUCUGGAGUUGA